AUGGAGUCAAGUCCACUGGAUUACGUAGCCCAAGCUUGUUUGGAUUUAACUGAAGCAAUGGUGUCUGCAAACAGUGAAGCUGAAAGAGACGCGCUCAUUAUAAACCACAUAAAAAAAGUUUGGCCAAUCGUGCCACCAAUUGAUGACUUCAAAAAAAAUUUAGAAUGGGUCAACGUUAGUGAACCACUUUCCCUUACUCAGCAUUGUGCAGAGAAAGUGGUAGUAUUGGAUUUCUGGACGUACUGCUGCAUUAACUGUUACCAUGUACUACCAGACUUGGAACAUGUAGAAAAAUUACAUAAAUCAGAUAAUGGCUUAGUUGUGAUUGGGGUACAUUGUGCUAAGUUUAGUAAUGAGAAGAUAUCUGGAAAUGUUUUGGCUGCAGUACAAAGGUACAAUAUACAUCAUCCUGUAGUCAAUGAUGCCGAUAGUUGUAUGUGGGAAACAUUAGGAAUCAGAUGUUGGCCCACUCUUCUUAUAUUGGGUCCAUCAAAUAAACCAAUCUUCAUCAUAACUGGAGAAGGUCACAGAGAUGAACUCAUUUCGUAUGUCGGUGUCGCUCUACGUCAUUUCUCAACACGGAUCGCAGCAACCCCUCUACCUGUGUCGAUAAACUCUCACGUAAAAAUGAAGGAGACUAGCACACUAUAUUUUCCUAGUAAGCUUGCACUUAAUCCAUUCUACCGUGGCCGUGGAGAGGAACCUUUUAUGGCUAUAUCGGAUACUGGUCAUCAUAGAGUGUUGCUUACGGAUUGUUCUGGAAUUAUUCUGCGCAUUAUUGGCGGACCUGAACCUGGUUUUAAAGAUGGCAAGUUCGGCGAGGCGCAGUUCGACUCGCCGCAGGGCGUGUGCUGGCUGUCGGGCAGCGUGCUGGUGGUGUGCGACACCGACAACCACGCGCUGCGCGCCGUGCACCUGGACGAGGGCAGCGUCGAGGUGCUCGCCGGGACCGGCCGCCAGGCUGCUGUAGGUGACCGCGGUGGGAAAUGUCUCGGCCUCCAGCCAUUGUCCUCUCCGUGGGAUGUAUUGCUGUAUACGACUCCAGAUAUGGACAUGUCGGUGAGGCCAGUGCUACCACCACCGCCUCCACCGCCCGGACAAGCACCCUCCGACAAGGAUAAGGAAGAUAAAGAAAAUAAAGAUAAAGAGAAAAAGGACGAGAAACGUCGCGUCCUCAUAAUAGCUUGCGCCGGUUCGCACCAGAUUUGGGCCCUAUUUCUCGACAACACAAUUUGGUGGAAAUAUAAAGCGUUUUCUGAAGGCACGUGCGUGUGUGUAGCGGGCUCGGGCGCGGAGGCGGCGCGCAACAGCUGCUACCCCGCCAGCGCCGCCUUCGCGCAGCCCGCGGGCCUGGCGCUGCGCGCAGGUCAUACCAACUCCGAAGUAUUUAUAGCUGAUUCGGAAAGUUCUUCAAUUAGAAGACUAGCUCUUUCGACUGGACAGGUUUCCACGCUUUGCGGAGGAGAUCGAAAUCCUUUAAACCUUUUUGCUUACGGGGACGUAGAUGAUAUCGGUGUCGACGCAAAACUCCAACAUCCGAUGGCAGUCGCGUACUGUGAAUCUAACAAAACUCUUUACGUAGCCGACACAUACAAUAAUAAAAUCAAGAAGGUGGAAGUUGGAUCCCAAAAAGUUACCACUUUGAACCCAACAAUGAUCGAAACAACAGAUCCAGCGAAGUUCAACGAACCGUCAGGUCUCUCGGUUAGUUCGGACGGAAAGUAUCUUUACAUAGCGGACACGAACAAUCAUAGCAUAAAAAUUCUCAAUCUAGCCAAAAACGUAUGCCAAGAAUUCAAAGUACGUCUUCCAGAUCCAAAGUUCACUGAACCCGAGAACCUCAUACUGUACAAGAAUGACUUGUUCGUGAACAGAAAAUGCGGCAAUCUUAUCAUAUACUUUAACGUUAAUUUAGACGCUGAAACGAAAAGCGUUAAGUUUACACCGGGAGCGCCGCAGAACUGGCACGUUUGCGUUCGUGAUGAAAAUAAUAAAGACGUCACUCUUGACGAUUUCGAAUUCGUCGGUAGUUCGCACAAAGGCACUAAACUACCAGGUCGUGUGGAAAUGAAACUUAAGACAAGGACUGAUAAGACACAUUAUCGCUUGUACCUAAGCUUCCAGACGGCGCUGUGCGACACCACCGUAUGUUUCGCUCACUCGUUCACGAUACGCUCUACGAUUUUAGUUCGUGAUUCCGUAAAAAUGGUUGAAUCUUACAAAAUAACUUGCAAAGUAAACCCUGUUAAUCGUAAUGAACAAAAAUCGGAAACUAAUAAAAUUUAACGCUUUUUGUUUGCUAAGGUCUCACAUGCUUUAAACAUGACCAAUAAGGCCUUUUAUUGCAAAAAUAAAUAUUUAUGUAAAUUAAUAUUUAUGUGAUUAAAAUUCAUUUACAUACAUGUAAAAAUACCUAAAAAACCUAAUGAAAAGUAGUAUAUUUUUUCAUAUACUACUUUUCAUUAGGUUUUUUCACAAUUUCUAUAUGUAAGCACAAGUUUUUUUAAAAUCUGGGUUAUAUGUUAAGACGUUGUUACCUUUAUAUAUAUUUUUCCAAUUAACAUAAUAUACGAAUAAUAUAAUAAAUUUUUAAUUUUGUAAA